CACUUCAUAUGGUCACGGUACUCCGGGUACUUGAUCAUACUUGACUCUUGUUCACAUUUUUCAUAGCGAUUAUCACUUGCUCCCGUUAAUCUGCGAUAAGUACUCCUACUCCGUUCUCGGAGUAUCCAAAUCUCCGUCUCCGUUCUCACAAUCCGGCACGUGCGAAUAAUUCCAAUAUGUCGGAUUCGGAAGGUGCCAGCGACGCGGGGAGCGUCGGAGGAAGAUCUCGAAGCGUCUCUCGCAGCAGAAGUCCUUCACGUAGCUCGGGAUCCAGGAGUCCGUCCAGAUCUCGAUCACGUUCCCGAUCACCGUCUGGCUCAGAAGAUGGAGACCCGAAGCUGGACGAGGCAGAAGAAGUCAGAUCGGGAGAUGAAGAAGCUGUGGAACCGGAAGAGGAACCUGAAGGAGAAGACUUGGACAAUAGUAGUGAAUAUGAUGAAGAAGAAGAGGAAGAGGAUGAUGAUCGGCCGAGAAAGAAAAAGAAGAAGGAUAGGUUUGGUGGGUUCAUCAUAGAUGAAGCUGAAGUAGAUGAUGAAGUUGAGGAUGACGAUGAAUGGGAGGAAGGUGCCCAAGAAAUUGGCAUCGUGGGAAACGAGGUGGACGAGUUGGGACCGACUGCGCGUGAAAUUGAAGGACGUCGUAGAGGUACAAAUCUUUGGGAUUCGCAGAAAGAAGACGAGAUUGAGGAAUACCUUCGUAAAAAGUAUGCAGACGAGUCGAUUGCCGCUCGUCGCUUUGGCGACGGCGGUGAAGAAAUGAGUGACGAAAUCACUCAACAGACUUUGUUGCCCGGCGUAAAAGAUCCCAAUUUGUGGAUGGUAAAAUGCCGGAUAGGAGAAGAAAAGUCGACCGUGCUGUUAUUGAUGCGGAAAUUUAUCACGUAUCAAUUUUCCAGCGAACCUCUUCAGAUAAAAUCCGUUGUGGCACCGGAAGGUGUUAAAGGUUACAUUUACAUAGAAGCUUAUAAGCAGCCGCAUGUAAAAGCUGCUAUCGAAAAUGUUGGUAACCUCAGGAUGGGUAUAUGGAAGCAGCAAAUGGUACCGAUUAAAGAGAUGACCGACGUGCUGCGAGUAGUUAAAGAGCAGACCGGUUUAAAAGCUAAACAAUGGGUCCGUUUAAAACGAGGCAUUUACAAAGAUGAUAUAGCUCAAGUUGAUUAUGUCGACUUAGCACAAAAUCAAGUUCAUUUAAAAUUGCUUCCGAGAAUCGAUUACACCAGACCACGCGGGGCAUUGAGAACAGCGCAGAGCGAAUCUGAAGCAUUGAAACGUAAGAAGAAAAGACGACCACCUGCGAAACCAUUCGAUCCCGAAGCAAUCCGUGCUAUUGGCGGUGAAGUUACCAGUGAUGGAGAUUUCCUUAUUUUUGAAGGAAAUAGAUAUAGUCGUAAAGGUUUUCUUUAUAAAAAUUUCACUACAAGUGCUAUUAUCGCGGAGGGUGUAAAACCUACACUCUCCGAAUUAGAGAGAUUUGAAGAAGCGCCGGAAGGUGUUGAGAUAGAUUUAAGUGGCACUCCAGGAACUGGAACUUCUGGAAAAGAAGAUCAGUCCGUUACUCAUUCCUUCAGUAACGGAGAUAAUGUAGAGGUUUGCGAGGGUGAACUAAUAAACCUACAGGGAAAGAUUGUUUCCAUAGAUGGAAACAUGAUUAUGGUUAUGCCAAAGCAUGAAGAACUUAAAGAAGCUUUGGAAUUCCAAGCUUCGGAGUUGCGAAAAUACUUUACGCAAGGCGAUCACGUUAAGGUUGUAGCAGGAAGAUACGAAGGUGAUACAGGUUUAAUUGUUAGGGUAGAACAAAAUAGAGUAGUUUUAUUUUCUGAUUUGUCAAUGCACGAACUCGAGGUUCUUCCGAGGGAUCUACAAUUAUGCUCUGACAUGGCUACCGGCGUUGAUAGCUUAGGACAAUUCCAAUGGGGUGACUUGGUGCAGCUUGAUGCGCAAACAGUCGGUGUUAUCGUCCGAUUAGAACGUGAGAAUUUCCACGUUCUCUCUAUGCAUGGCAAAGUGGUCGAAGCGAGGCCGCAAGGUCUUACGAAGCGUCGAGAAAAUAGAAACGCGGUCGCUUUAGACUCGCAACAGAAUACCAUACAGAAAAAAGACAUUGUUAAAGUGGUCGACGGACCGCAUGCAGGUCGAGGUGGUGAAAUUAAACAUCUGUACAGAAGUUUUGCCUUUUUACACUCGAGAAUGUUUGUCGACAAUGGUGGAAUAUUCGUAUGCAAAACCAGACAUUUACAGUUGUCCGGUGGAAAUAAGACAACUUCCAUUAAUUCUAUGUCACCAGUGGCUGGAUUUAUGUCUCCUAGAAUUGCCUCUCCGAUGCAUCCUAGCGGAGGUGGUUUUGGACGGGGCGGCGGAGGCGGAAGAGGCAGAGGCCGUGGUGGCGGUGGCGGUGCAAGACGGGAUAGGGAAUUAAUUGGAACCACGAUUAAAAUAACAGGUGGACCGUACAAGGGAAACGUGGGUAUUGUGAAAGAUGCGACAGAGACAACAGCGCGCGUGGAAUUGCACUCCACGUGUCAAACAAUCUCCGUCGAUCGAUCUCAUAUAGCAAAUGUCGGCGUCCCGACAAAGGAUGGUGGCUUCAGCAGUUACAACAGAACUCCGGCUUACGGUGCUGGUGGGCAGACGCCGAUGUACGCGAGGGACGGAUCAAAGACACCUAUGCACGGUUCCCAGACGCCGAUGUACGAAAAUGGUUCUCGCACCCCUCACUACGGUUCAAUGACGCCGUCUCACGAUGGAUCGCGAACACCAGGACAAUCUGGAGCUUGGGAUCCGUCAGUUACUAACACACCCGCCAGGACGAACGAUUUCGACGGCUACAGUAUAGAAGAAGGUGGCUCGCCCGGUUACGGGCCCGGAUAUCCUCCUACUGGUGGGCCGUUUACUCCGCAGACUCCGGGCACCAUGUACGGCUCGGAACAAAGCUUCAGCUCAUAUCAGCCGAGUCCUAGUCCUGCGGGCAGUGCUACCGCGAGCCCAAGUCCUACAGGCUAUGUUGCUACUCCGUCCCCAAGUGGUACUGGAUACACUACUAGCCCACAUGGAGCAUUUGCAACUCCUUCUCCGAUGGGUUAUAGUCCUAUGACACCUGGAGUACCAAGUAGUCCAUACAAUCCACAUACACCUAGUUCAACAGGAAUGGAUGCAGUCGGUUCCGGUAUCAUGGGUAGCUCAGAAUGGCACACGACGGAUAUUGAAGUACGCAUUCGCGACUCUCAUGACGAUCCUGCUCUCGCUGGACAACAAGCAGUUAUUCGAGGAAUUUCUGGUGGUAUGUGCACUGUUUAUCUACCUACUGAAGAUCGAGUUGUGAACCUAGUGUGUGAACAACUGGAACCUGUGGUACCGUCACGCGGCGAUCGAGUCAAAGUAAUUCUGGGUGAAGACCGCGAAGCUGUCGGCACUUUACUUUCGAUCGAUAAUCAAGAGGGAGUGGUAAAACUGAACACGGACGAGAUAAAAUUCUUGCAAUUGCGAUUUUUGUGUAAAAUGAAAGCACUAGAUUUAAAAGAUUUGAAAUGAACAAUUUUCUAAUUCGUACACGCAAAUAUUGUAGCGUAGAUAUUUUCGACACGAUAAUUGAUAUCUUUUUAUCUUAUAAUGUUUACUUCAAACAUUUACAUUCUUGUAUAUUAAGUGUCUAAUAUAUAUCUGACAGUAAUAAUAAUAAUA